CUUUGUAGGUGUCCACAGGUUAAUUCAUAUUUUAAAAUGAAAAAUCUAAAAUUGCUGUACUGUGACCACUUGAACAUCAUACCUGGUGCAAGCUUCUUAACAGUAGAUUCGGAAACCAAUAAGUUGUACUUGGCUACCACAGAUACAGUGUAUGGCUAUGACUUAAACACUUUUAAUAAAGUAUUUGAGGUGGAUUUAAGAAAGGAAAAUUUGACUCCCGAUGGAAAUUUGGAAAUUGUUGGCCUGCAGUUCAUGUCUGGAGAGGAAAAACUGUGUGUUAGUUUGAAACAUGGAGACAUUAUCCUGCUUAGUACUUUUGAUUGUGAGGUAGAAUGUGUGGGGACAUUGGACUGUGAACUUGAUUCUAUGUUUUGGAGUCCUGAUCAAGAAGUAGUUCUCUUCACCACUAAUGUUGGUACCGCUGUUGCCAUGACCCAUGAUUUUGAUCCAAUUACUGAAAUUGAAGUUGGAAUGGACAGGUUUGGUGAGGGGGAGUUUGUUAACGUUGGGUGGGGGAAGAAGGAGACUCAGUUUCAAGGGAAGGCAGGAAAGUUCGUGCCAGGGAAAGAGAAAAAGGUGGAAGCUGGUCUGGUUGUUGAUGAUGGAAAGAUGAAAGUUGUGUGGAGAGCAGACGGUCAAUACUUCGCUAUAAGUACCAUUGAGAAUGGAUGCAGAAAAAUCCGUGUUUGGAAUAGAGACUGCGUGUUGCAGUAUACCAGUGAGAAUUUAAACGGUUUGGAAAAUUCUCUUGCUUGGAAACCCUCAGGUUCACUGAUAGCUUCAACGCAAAUGAAAGCUCACAGACAUGAUGUCGUCUUUUUUGAAUUAAAUGGAUUACAACAUGGAGAGUUCACUUUAAACUUUGAACGAAAUUCUGUGAAUAUUUUAAAGCUGGAGUGGAAUUCUGAUUCAAGUGUUCUGAUGGUGCUGGCUGAAAGUAGGCAAGGAUUGGAUGAAGAAUCUGCAGUAACCUAUUUACAACUGUGGUCUUCUACUAACUACCAUUGGACUUUAAAACAAAGCAUUUGCUUUCAUGAAAAAGUUGCACUGGCAUGUUGGGAUUCAGAAAACCUGUUUGAUCUGCAUGUCUUAAUGCAAAAUGGAUCUUACCACCUGUACAAGUGGAAUUGGGUGAUAGACUGUAGUAGUAGUGAUGGUGGUGGUGGUUACAAUUCAAGUAGCUCUGAAUUAGUUGCCAGCAAUGGCUCACAUGUAGCCGUGGUAGAUGGAUCAAAAGUAAAGCUUACACCAUUUAAACACAUGAACGUUCCACCACCAAUGUGCGCAUACCAGUACAAAUUCAACACCAAUGUCAAGCAUUUGGCCUUUUGUGAGUCAAAUCUAAAUUCUGACAGUUUUAUAACACUGACAGAAGAUGGCAGUUUGUUUUGUUUUAUGAAAGAGGGAAGUUAUAAAGAUAAUAAUGUUGACCUUAAACUUGUAGCUGCUGGUGGAAAUGGUUUCAAAACAACCAUUGAUAUUUUAUCAUUAUCUGCCAAAUUUUCCAUUUCCCAAUCAUUGGAACAUAAAGUAGAGCUAAGUAAUCUGAGACAUUUACUCUGGGUGGGUGAGCAAACAAUGGUAGCUGCUUCAUAUUCAUAUACUUUGAAAUCUGAUGCAAUUUGCUUAUUUACGUUGGAUUUUGGGAACUUCACUUGCAUGUGUAAAGUGAUAAAGGCAGUAUCCAGUAAUGUUGUUAGUAUGUGCUCAUUUAAAUCAGGGGAUACUUGUGUUUAUGUUAUUGCUCAAAUGCAAGAUGGUAAAGUGUUCAAAUAUGAGCUAUCGUCUUUGAAUUGUGAAGCUUUGCUGGAUACCCAAGGCUCACCAGUUGUUCUUACCACACUAUGCCCAUACAUGAGUGUUUGUUCAUUUCAGCACACACAAGCAGCUGAUACAACAUAUGCACUCAUAUCAAGGUCCGCACAAAAGCAGUUAUUUCUUAACAACACAGUAAUAAGUAGGGAGUGUACCUCAUACUCAAUUCAUGACGAAUACAUACUAUACACUACGUCUUCACAUAAAAUCAUCUGUAUUUCAAGAAACUCUGACAUCAGUCAUUACAACAAACCAACAGAGAACCCACUUCCUCAACAAAUAUCUUGUGAUAUUUCCCGUUCUGUAGAACGUGGCUCUACCAUUGUUACUGUCACCCCUAAUGAUACUAAAGUUGUUCUGCAAAUGCCUAGAGGUAACUUGGAACUUAUCCAUCCACGUCCGCUUGUAAUUUCAGUCGUAAAACGUGCAAUCAACAAGUUCCAAUAUCGCGAUGCUUUUAUACUAAUGAGAAAGCACAGAAUUAACAUGAAUUUGCUAUACGAUCACAAUCCACAGCAGUUUAAUAAUAAAGUUGAACAUUUUAUCGAGCAACUAGAUUCAGUUGAUUAUCUAAACUUGUUCUUAAGUGAAUUGAAAGAUGAAAAUUUUACAGAGACCAUGUAUUCCCAAUAUUACCCAAACUCAAGCAAAAUGGGCAAUGUUCUCAUAUCUAAUUCUUUUACACCAAGUAAGGUGAACUCUGUUUGUGACAAAGUGUUAUCUGUGUUAAACGCAGCUCAAAAUGGGAAACAUUUUCUCUCUAUUCUUACAGCUCAUGUGCGAAAAAUUGAACCAGAAAUCAAACAAGCACUAAGCAAAGUACGAGACCAAAAGAAGAGCUUAAACUCUGCUCUUGUCGCUGAAGGAUUGCAUCACCUGCAUGUUAUGGUUGAGGGACGUGUUUUGUACAGAGAAUCAUUAGCUACAUAUGAUUUAGAGCUCGCACUAAUGGUCGCACAAGUCUCAAAUGAUGAUCCUAAAGAAUAUAUGCCAUUUUUAAACAAGCUCAAACAAAUGGAUCCCGAUUACCGUAACUAUGAGAUUGAUAUGUUUUUGAAAAACUACAGCCGUGCAUUAGUAAACAUAGCAAAGUGUCCUGAUCAUUUCAAUGAGUGUAUUGCACUUGUUAAGUCCCAUAGCUUGCACAGAGAAGCUCUAAAGCAAUUUGGGAAGUACACUCCACAAUAUAAAGAGAUAAGCAACCUCUAUGCUGAGUUUCUGGUCGGUAAAAGUCGAUAUGAAGAAGCCGGAAUUAUUCUUGCUCGAUGUGACAGUCACAAGAGGGCAAUAAAGUGUUUCACAACAGCAUGCAGUUGGCAACAUGCGUUAAACAGCGCUACUUAUUUGAAAUACUCGAAGGAAGACCAAACUGAACUUGCUCAAAACCUUUCUCGUGCCCUUGCCGAUAAGAAUCGCUUUUUGGAAGCUGCACAUUUAUUAGAACAUGAAGCAAGUGAUGUUCCAUCUGCCAUAAAAGCUUUGUUAAAGGGGAGGCACUGGGAAAAUGCACUUAAUGUGAUUCGAACUCACAAACAAGUUGAUCUCAUUGACACCCAAGUGCUGCCUGCAAUCCAGGAUGCGAUGAAAGAGAAUGAAACUUCAAUAAAAACUUACUCUGAACAAUUUGAAAGAUAUUUCAACAGAUUGAUGGUGGUUCGAGAAAUUAAAAAGCAAAAACAAUUACAAGCAAUGUUGUAUGGUGGUGGAGAGGGCGAUCUUGAGUCUGACAUUGCUUCAGAUUUUGGUAGCACUGUCACUGGAUCCAGCCACAGUAGUGCAAGUAGCCGAGCAUCUGGUAGAACUGCAAAAAGUCGCAGAAAACAAGAGAGAAAACGUUUCUCUUUAAGAGAAGGAUCAAGGUAUGAAGAAGAAGGACUUCUUCAAGCUUUAAGGGAAGUUGUGACCAAUCUCUCUGUAUUAAGUACCUCCAUUCACUCCCUACUUCUGCAUGCUGCAUUGUUUUACAUGGACGCAGAAGCUGAGUCAUUACAAUCUCUUUAUGACAAAACACGAUCUAUUGUAUCAAAGAAUAUUACCAAUAUUUGGGUUUUGCCGGACAGUUCAGAAUUUAAUGGCACUGGUCCACAAUCUACAGUCAACAGUAUUUUAUCUAACAGGGCAAAUGUUAAUAACUCUGAGCCUGGAAGUUUCGCUGAUCUAGAGACAUUCCUUCCACCUAAAGUAGAUUUAAAUGUUAAGUUUGGAAUGCAUAUUUAUGGUAAAUAAUACUUUUACUGUUUUACAUGUUCAAUGGUCAAUUGUGUGUAAAUUUUUUCAUCCAAAAGUACAUUAUGUCACGUCACCUGUAUUUAUUGGCUUAUUGUGCAUUAUUUUUUAUAGUUAUGGAAUUGACUCAAUCACAAUUACUGCGAUGCUCAUUAAUUAGUAGAUAUUUAACAAUCAUUUGCAUUUUGAUCAUUGGUUUAAAGUUCAUUUUUCUCAG